AAAGGACAUGCCAUGUGUAAAACCUUAUCUCUUAGAGUACUAAAAUGUCUAUUCAGUAUUUGACGAGUACAACAGUUGGGUGCCAUUAUUAAAUAUAAAGAAGCGCAACAGGUUAGCAGUAGUGGAGCAAGAAAUUGAGCCAUGAAUUUCAGGCUACAACUUGCUCUGUUUCUCUCUCUCUUGUUCAAAUUAGCAUCUGGAGAAGAUGUUAGUUUCACCUACAAUGGCUUCCGCUCUGUCAACUUAAGCCUUGAUGGUGUGGCCCAGAUUACAUCCAACGGCCUUUUGAUCCUCACCAACCAUACCGAUCAAGCAACGGGUCAUGCCUUUCACCCGAAUCCAAUAACUUUCAAAAAAUCCAAAAACCACCCAGUUUUCUCCUUCUCCACUACCUUUGUUUUCGCUAUUCUUCCCGACUUUCCAGGUCUAGUGGGUCCUGGGCAUGCUUUUGUCAUUGCGCCAACACGGGGUCUCCCAGGAUCUGACGUAGAAUAUUUUGGCCUCUUCAAUGCGACUAACAAUGGGAAUGCGAGCAACCACGUUGUCGCUGUAGAGUUUGACACCUUUCAGCAAGAACAGAUCGACGACAUUGAUGGAAAUCAUGUUGGGAUUGAUAUCAACAGUGUGAAGUCCGAAAGAGCAAAAACAGCAGCAUAUUUUGACCAAGAAACAGGUCGUUCGAUAAAUUUGACCAUGACUAGUGGUGAAAAGAUGCAAGUUUGGGUGGAUUAUAAUGGCUUGAACGGGCAGCUCAAUGUGACUAUAGCUCCAAUCAAUUUGGGGAAACCCAAAACUCCGUUGUUGUCUCUGCCUCUCGAUUUGUCACCAAUCUUGACCGACAUCUCGUACAUUGGUUUCGCGUCAUCUACGGUAGGAGUCGUGACACCAAGACACAUAAUCCUAGGUUGGAGUUUUAAAUUGAAUGGCCAAGCCCAAGACCUCGAUCAAUCUAAGCUCCCAAAGCUUCCUCGGAUUGGGAGUAAGAAAGUAUCCAGGUUUUUGACAAUUGGGUUGCCUUUGAUUUUAAUUAGUUUGAUUUCAGUAGCAAUAUCGGGUGUGGUCUAUAUCAUAAGAAGGAAGAGGAAGUUUGCAGAGGAGCUUGAAGACUGGGAGCUUGACUAUGGGCCUCACAGAUUCAAAUUCAAAGACCUUUAUGUGGCAACAAAAGGUUUUAGAGACGAUGAGUUACUGGGUGCUGGGGGGUUUGGCAGUGUCUAUAUAGGUGUAUUAGAAAAAACGAAAACUGAGAUUGCUGUGAAGAGGGUCUCACACGAAUCCAGACAAGGUAUUCGAGAAUUUGUCUCAGAGAUUGUUAGUAUCGGUCGACUUCGCCAUCGGAACUUAGUUGCCCUUUUGGGGUACUGCCGGCGUAAAGGAGAGCUUCUUCUAGUGUAUGAUUUCAUGCCUAAUGGAAGCUUAGACAAGUACCUCUAUAACCAACCAAAAUUGACUCUCAACUGGAGCCAGAGAUUUCGAGUCAUCAAAGGCGUAGCCUCUGGCCUUUUCUAUCUCCACGAGGAGUGGGAGCAGACUGUGAUUCACAGAGAUGUCAAGGCCAGUAAUGUAUUAUUAGAUGGUGAAUUCAAUGCAAGGUUGGGAGAUUUUGGCCUUGCACGAUUAUACGAUCAUGGAUCUGCCCCUCAAACAACUCACAUUGCUGGAACUCUUGGUUAUAUGGCACCAGAACAUACUCGAACCGGAAAGGCCACAACGAGCACCGAUGUGUUUGGUUUUGGGGCGUUUUUACUUGAAGUUGCUUGUGGAAGAAGACCAAUUGAGCCAAGAGCACCUGAAGAAGAACUAAUAUUGGUUGAUUGGGUAUUCUCAUUUUUGGCUAGAGGAGAACUUCUGGAGGCCAGGGAUCGAAGUCUGGGCGUAAAUUAUGAAGCAGAAGAAGUUGAAUUGGUAUUAAAACUUGGGUUGAUGUGCUCGCAAUCAGACCCCGAUUGCAGGCCAAGCAUGGGCCAAGUAGUGCAGUACUUGAAAGGAGAUGCUCCUUUGCCUGAUUUGUCAAGUAUUGGCCUUUCUUUAAGUGGUUUGGGAUUUGCAUAUAAGCAAGGUUUCAAUGAGUUUCACGGGUCGUAUCCGUCGUCUUCUCCAAUUGGUAAACCAUCCCCAACUUCAUAUUCUUACGUUGCAGAGUCCCUCCUUUCAGGGGGGCGAUGAUUCCAGUUAAUGUAUGGUUCUUUCAAGAUUAGCAGUGUAUGUUAGUAUAAUGAAUAAGAUAAGUCUUCUAGUAGUACUGGGCAGGUGCCCGCGUGUUGCAGCGAGUCCUAUAAAACUUGUUAGAAAAAUGACACAUCAGUAUCUUUCCAUUAUAUAUAUACCUUAUCAUAUCACUCAAUAUUGUAGAAAAAAUAUAUUUCUUCGUGUACAAUAAUGUUCACAGAAGUCUCCAAGAACUAGUACAGAAGAACAAUAAUAAAAGUGGGGCUUACAGAGCAGAGCAAUUCUAUUAGGCAAUAAAGAAAAGAAGAGGACCACAAUUGCAAAUGGACAAAAAAAAAAAAAAAUGUACUUCAAGUAAUGCACAUCAUUCUCUUGCAGUCAAAUGAAGUAAAAAUGCAAACUUAAACGAUUUACUGCUUA